UCGGAAGUUCAGCAAGCACCACCUACCCUCUAGAUCAAGCCAACAUGCCUCCAACUGAUCAAACGCGAGCCAUUAUCCAUCGAAUAUUUAGCAAGGAACAUUCGUUGAUCCUCCGAGGCGAUGGACUACGCUGGAUUCAAGACAUGCUGUCUCACUACCGCGUCGCGCCUGCCGAUCUGGAAGACACACUCAACGUCUUGGCCAAUGAGUGCGAGAGUUACGUUUCAGCACGGGACAUAUCAACGGUUAUCGAUCAGAAUUUACUCCAGAAGGUUUACGAAAAAAUCUCGUCGAUGACCGCAGCACAACCGCAAGAAGCCGUUGAAGAUGCGGAUCAAAGCGAAAGCAGCCAUAUUUUAGAGCUACAAACGUUGAAAGUAAUCGAUGCAUUCUCUAUUCCUCGAUUGAGGUGGUCGGAGGAACGCAAGAUGUUCGAGGAGCCAACUGCAGAAGGAUCAAAACCAUCCUUACUGGGUCAACCUAUUAGCAAAAUUUCUUACCUCAGAGAUCGCUAUCACACUAUCCGACAAGUCAUCUUUCGAAAUGAGCAUUUCUCACCUCCAGCUGUCGCCGGUGCCUUAGGCGAAGCAGAACGUGAGGAAUACAUGAAGUUGACCAGCAGCAACAACCUCCUUGGUCGCGCAGGGCAGAGAUUUUUGUUGUUUGGAAGGAUAAGUCGCAUGAAAGACCAAUCUUAUUGUCUUGAAGAUUUGGAGGGUUGGGUGAAGCUGGACUUGUCAAUUGCCUCGGCUGCUGAAGGGCUGUUCACUGAAGGCUGUUUGGUAUUGGCGGAGGGAGAGUAUCAAUCCAAUGAAACAUUCAAGGUCCUGGAGAUCGGACAUCCUCCAUCGGAACAACGAGGGGCCACAAGGAAACUGUUUGCAAAUAUUGAUUUUUCUGGUGCCGGACCACUUUCCCUGGCUGAAGAAGCGCGUUUGAAAAAACGUGAGCAGAACAGCGAUUCCCAAUUUAUAGUAAUGUCCGAUUUCCACCUCGAUAACCCAAACGUUCUAGGUAACUUCGAACAAAUACUCCAAGGAUACCAAGAUGUUUUGAUCGAGUCGAAUAAUGUCGUCCGUCCACCUGCCUUAUGGAUUCUUUGUGGCAACUUUUCCCAAAAGCCAUUCAUAUUUGAUGGGCCAAAUAUCAGCUUCUACCAAAGUUUGUUUUCGAAGUUGGCAGUCAGCUUCUCCAAGUUCUCACUUGUCACUGAACAUAUACAUCUUAUCUUCGUUCCUGGGCCCAAUGACCCAUGGGACUCAACAAUGCUUCCUCGCCAGGCCCUUCCAGCAUCAAUUGUCAAACCUUUAUUGCACUCUACUAGCCAGAUUCCUUCAGGCCAUCUACAUUUUGGUUCCAACCCUUGCCGAAUCAGAUGGAUGUCUCAAGAAAUAGUCAUUUUCCGAGAGAACCUGGCUAGUAAAAUGUGCCGGAAUGUCAUCGAGGCGCUCAAAGAUCCCACAAUAGCUGCUGAUGAGGAAGACAUAGAUAUAACUAAAUUUUUGGUCCAAACCAUUCUAGAUCAAGCCCAUCUGUCGCCUUUUCCUAUCACUGUCAGUCCGGUACUCUGGGAGCACGAUCAAGCAUUAAGGCUAUAUCCUAUGCCUACAGCGUUGGUGUUGGCAGAUAGCUACCCCGCGUACACUCUCACAUAUGAGGGCUGCCAUGUAUUCAAUCCCGGAAGUUUUGGUAUAGGCUCUCGACCUGUAUGGGCAAACUAUCACGUCGCCACCCGGACUAGUGAACAGAGUGAACUGUCUGUAUGAAGAAGUCCCAUGAUUCACUUUUGUUAAUGGCUGGGUUUGGAUUUCAAAAUGUAAAUUAUUGACUCGUCUCUAUUGGAACACUUUGCCAAAAUGAUUGGGAAGGGAUGUAAAUAUCACAUGGCUAGAUGCUUUAUCACAUCACCUUACAUAUUAAACAGCCAUUUGAAACACCAUUAUCAUGGUUGAAAUUUAGUAAAAUCAAAUAUCUAAACUUGAGAAUACAUCAGCUCUCUGACCAAAUAUGAUUGCAUUCAUGGCAUUACAAC